AUGGCCUUUGGCGUCGGAAGAUCCAUCCUUGACGCCGAUGGUCGCGGUCCAGAUCAGCAAGACAAUGGCUUCUUCGAGUACAAGGAGGUCGACAUCGACGUCAUGAGCGGGCUCCGCUGUAUUGGCGACAUGAAGCUCCUCAUGGCCAACGCCAUCUACGCGGAAGAGGACCUCUUCACGCUCGAGGGUCCCCACGAAGUGAAACUCUACCACAUGCCGGGCGCCGACGACGUCGACAACCUCGCCGACACGGACAUGGUCACGAUCCUCGACUGGGUCAAUGGCGGCGACGCACCAUCGCAGUGGGUCCUCGAUAUCUUUGGGCGACCGCUCGUCACGUCCGUCUCGACCGACCUCGUCCUCGAUGACAUUGACAACCUGCGCAUUUCGUACAUGAGCGCAUCGUCGCCGCUGCGGCCAUCGUCGCCUGGCGCGGCGUCCGGCUAUGAGCCCUUUCUGCAUGUCGGGACAUGGGUACCCAUGCUGAGCGGCGCGCGGACCGUGCGCCGGGACAGCGGCCCCGGGUCGUCCAACUUGAUGGGUCUCGUGGGUCGUCCGACGCCGCAGCUGCAGAGCGAGUACGAAGACAUUGUACAGACAAUGCACCGCGCUCAGGAAACGUUGCGCAAGUUUCAAAGUAUCGGGAAACCUGUCUCGACGCAGAGCCUCCAGACCAUCCUCUUGCCGCUGGCGAUGGCCAGUCCGAGCGCCAUUGCGCGCUUCGGCCCGAGCGUGCUGCACCAAGGCGUGUACACGCUCAUCGAGAGCGACCUCCAAAAAGGCUUUGUGCAAGCCGUCCGCAUCUGGUUUCGCUUCGACAACGAGCGCACGCUCAAGGUUACCAAGCGCAACGGGAGCUUGGGCUUGAAGCCUGUCCGGCAGCAAGACGGCUGGAUCGUCGUGCAAGCCGUGCCCGGCUCGGCGUGUGCACUGGCAGGCAUGCCGCCCCAAGAAGUGUUUUUAACGCACGUCAAUGGCGUCGACGUCUCGCCGCCGACGUGCCCUGCGAUCUCGGACAAGACGAUGCGGCCGCAAAACUUGGGCCAUAGCGUGAGCUGGGCAGGCAACGUUGUGCCCCUCGUCGAGGAGGCCGACGUGUGCGAGCUCACCUACUUUUAGCGUUCAGCGUACAUUCCAGG